AUGGACGGUGUACUGAUGGUUUCGGAUCUCUCGUGGAUCCAGAGGGGAGUCGCAAAGGAGAUCCCCGACAAAGUGAAGCUGAAUGACGAAGAAUUGAAACAACUGAUCGAGGGAGCGAUUCCGGAGUCGACGGACAACGAAGUGGACAGCGACGAAGAGGAAGGCGAGGAGAGCGAGGAGAAGAAAGGGCUCCGAGGAAGAGACGUCGAGAUGAAGGACGAGGAGACGGACUUUGAGAAGAAGUACAUGAAAGGAUACACCGAGGAUUCGAAGGAGGAAGGCGACGGCGAAGGAAUGAAGGGAAUCGCCAUGUACUCGACGAACAAGGAAGACCCGUACGUGACUGCUCAGGUGGAUUCUGAUGAAGAAGAGGAGAAAGACGAGAUUAUGGUGCGGAAGGACGAUAAUAUGGUCGCCGUCGCCAAGAUUGAUAAGGUAGAGCUGAUAAGGAAUUGACAAAGUGAUCGGAUAGUUUUCAGGGAGAUUACACUCUGGAGUGCUACGUGUACAACGAGGCGGACAGUGAUUGGUACUGUCAUCACGACUACAUUCUCGACGCUCCGCCUCUUUGCAUCGAGCCAGUCCAGCACGAUCCGGGAAACGAGGAAACAGGAAAAGGAAACCUGAUAGCUGUUGGAACGAUGAAUUCUGAGAUCCACAUCUGGGAUCUUGAUAUCAUGAACACGGCCACUCCCUUCCUCACGCUUGGCAAGAAGGAGAAGAAGUCAAAGACGAAGAAGAAGAGGGACAACAGUGCUCAGGGACAUUCCGACGCCGUCAUCUCGCUCGCCUGGAACCGACUAACUCCUCACGUGCUCGCCAGUGGAGGAGCCGACAAAACCGUCGUCCUGUGGGAUCUGGACGAGGCGAAACCUGCACAGAUCAUUGCCGACCGAGGUGGAGAGGUCCAGACGAUCAAGUGGCAUUCGAAUGAAUCAACAUUCUUGCUGCUUGGAACCAUGAGAGGACACGUUCAAGUCGUUGAUUGUCGUGACACUACUGGAAAUGCAUCAGCCGCGUGGAAGUUCGACGGACAGAUCGAGAAAGUUCUCUGGAAUCACUUCAAUCCUUUCACCGCCUUCGUUUCGUCGGACGACGGAAAACUGCGGCAUUUGGACAUGAGAAAGCCAGGAGAGUGUCUCUGGGAAGGCGUUGCACACGACGGCCCCAUCGGAGGACUCACGAUGUCAGCCAUCACACGAGGACUAUUGGUAACUGUGGGAGAGGACGAGGUAUUGCUUGACAACAAAUGAAGACGUUGUAAAGAACGCUUUGCAGAUGAUGAAUGUGUGGAAAGCGGAUGAUUCGAACGGAGGAAUCGACAAAGUUCAUUCGGAGAAGCUGACGAUCGGAGAGCUCCAUUGUGCACAGUUCAACCCGGAUGUCGCCGCGGUCCUUUCUGUCGGAGGAACCGCUGCGGACCUGAUCAGAGUGAUCGAUCUGACCAAGUACGAACCGGUAGUGAAGGCGUUCUCUGAAUGA